AACAUAGACUCGUAAUAUCCUUACAGGCUAUACUAUUUUUCUUCCUAGUUGCAAUGUAAAAUUUAUGCAAGUUUUAUGCAGUUUAUUCAUAUCAGCAUAGUCGGUGAAAUGGCGUCUAUGUCUAGUCUGUUUGUCUUUAUUUUAUUAUUUCAAGUGUUUCAGAUAAAAGCCCAAAUUAAAAAUGUAGCCUUAAGUAAACCUACCAACCAGAGAUCUACUCUAGAAGGAGGUGUAUCAUCUAGAGCUGUAGAUGGUAAUACUAAUGGUGUUUAUAAUGGGGGAUCAUGUACACAUACACGACAAGGUUCACCUAGUUGGUGGUGUAUUGAUCUACAACAAGUAUUCAAUAACAUCAAUAUUAACAUAUAUAACAGAAAGAACAAUCAAGGCAGAAUACGAGGAUUUGAGAUAAAGUUACGAUCUGAUGAUCAGUGUAAUGAACAAGGAUUUAGAUCAGCUACAUCAUGUUAUAUAGAUACACCACCAACAGUACAAGAUGUAUAUACUAUAGAUAGAUGUAAUCAACAACCAUCUAGAUCUUUAUCUGCUAGAACAGUGUUUAUCAGUGUUACUGGUAUACUUACAUUGUGUGAAGUUGAAAUAUACACGGCCCAAAUUAAAAAUGUAGCCUUAAGUAAACCUACCAACCAGAGAUCUACUCUAGAAGGAGGUGUAUCAUCUAGAGCUGUAGAUGGUAAUACUAAUGGUGUUUAUAAUGGGGGAUCAUGUACACAUACACGACAAGGUUCACCUAGUUGGUGGUGUAUUGAUCUACAACAAGUAUUCAAUAACAUCAAUAUUAACAUAUAUAACAGAAAGAACAAUCAAGGCAGAAUACGAGGAUUUGAGAUAAAGUUACGAUCUGAUGAUCAGUGUAAUGAACAAGGAUUUAGAUCAGCUACAUCAUGUUAUAUAGAUACACCACCAACAGUACAAGAUGUAUAUACUAUAGAUAGAUGUAAUCAACAACCAUCUAGAUCUUUAUCUGCUAGAACAGUGUUUAUCAGUGUUACUGGUAUACUUACAUUGUGUGAAGUUGAAAUAUACACGGGUUGUGAUAUGCGAUCAGUGAUAUAG